AUGAUUUGCAUCUACAUGCUGUCGGGCGAGAAGGCUGCGUCGGUCUGGCCAGGCGAGGUGGUCGCCGCACAUAGCGACACAGUAGGGGCGCUCAAGCGCCACGUGGGGAAGAAGGUAGGCGUUCCCUGGCUUCGACAGCGGCUGAUGCACCAGGGCCAGCUGCUCCGGGAUGACCAGAAAUUGACGGAGCUGGACACACCAGCAGAUUUAGAGCUGCUUGUGGUGCCCUGCAGCCAGCCGGAGCGGGAGCAAGCGCGGAAGCUGACGCACGCAGCCCGGGAGGGUGCCAUCGCGGAGCUGGAGUUGCUGCUCAGCCAGCCCUUCGACCCGGACGCCCGGCAUGGCAGUGACAGCACGCCACUCCAAGCUGCCUCUUCCGUUGGGCACCUUGAGGCCGUUCGCUUGCUGCUGGAGGCUGGAGCCAGCAAGGACAACGUUUGUGGCGACACUCCCCUGCUCCUGGCAGCCGACAAGGGCCACCUGGAGAUUGUAGGGCUGCUGGUGGAGGCGGGCGCCAACUUGGAGAAGACGCGAGCCCUCGGGGCGUCCCCUCUGUGGCUCGCGUGCUCGGGGGGCCACAGCAAGGUUGUGAAAGUGCUUUUGGAGGCCGGAAGUACCAAGAACAAGGUGGACUCCAAAGGAUCUUCCCCACUCUGGAUCGCGUGCGCCAAGGGCCACCUUGAGGUCGUCUGCCUUUUGAUCCAAGCAGGAGCUCACUUGGAGAGGGCCAACGUCCUGGCCGAAACGCCCUUGUGGAAAGCCGCAGAGAUGGGCCACACCAAGGUGGUUCAUCAUCUCCUCCAGGCCGGCGCGGAGAAAGACCGCGCGGAUGCGCGGGGGGCUUCGCCCUUGUGGAUUGCCUCGGCCAAGGGGCACCUGCCCAUCGUGCGCCUGCUACGUGAGGCCGGCGCAGACCACGUCAAGCCCAACGCCCGUGGCGCCACCCCCUUGUGGAUCGCCUCACACCACAAACGCCUGGAGGUGGUGAAGUUCUUAGGUGAGAAGUAA